AAAGAAAAAAAAGAAAAAAAAGAAAUCUCAUUUCUUCUCGACGCACAAGUGCUUCUUCCCCAACUCCCCACAAAACCCUAGAGACCAACACAAACACUUACCACCUUCUUCACUUCCCUUCUACUCCCACCUCCACGUCUCCAACAAUGGCAGCCAUGCUGCAACCUCAGAUCAUACUGCUGAAAGAGGGAACGGAUACUUCCCAAGGCAAGGCGCAGUUGGUAAGCAACAUCAAUGCCUGCACAGCAGUGGCCGAUGUGGUGCGUACCACCUUGGGACCUAGAGGUAUGGACAAGCUCAUCCACGACGAUAAGGGUAAUGUCACCAUUUCUAAUGAUGGUGCUACUAUUAUGAAGCUCCUCGAUAUCGUUCAUCCUGCUGCUAAGAUCCUCGUGGACAUAGCCAAGUCGCAGGACUCCGAGGUUGGUGAUGGGACAACAACUGUUGUUCUUCUUGCUGCUGAGUUUUUGAAGGAGGCCAAGCCUUUUAUCGAGGAUGGAGUCCACUCUCAAAAUUUAAUACGCAGCUAUCGGACUGCGAGCCAUUUGGCAAUUGAGAAAGUAAAAGAGUUGGCAAUCAGUAUAGAGGGGAAGAGCUUGGAGGAAAAGAAAAGCUUGUUGGCUAAAUGUGCUGCAACAACACUUUCAUCUAAGCUCAUUGGUGGAGAGAAGGAUUUCUUUGCAUCAAUGGUUGUUGAUGCUGUUAUUGCAAUUGGCAAUGAAGAUAGGCUAAAUAUGAUUGGUAUAAAGAAGGUUCCUGGAGGGACCAUGCGUGACUCCUUCCUGGUAAAUGGUGUUGCCUUCAAGAAGACAUUUUCUUAUGCAGGAUUCGAACAGCAGCCUAAGAAGUUUUCAAAUCCGAAAAUUCUCUUGCUAAAUAUUGAACUGGAACUGAAAUCAGAGAAAGAAAAUGCAGAGAUACGGCUCUCUGAUCCAUCGCAGUAUCAGUCCAUUGUUGAUGCAGAAUGGAAUAUUAUUUAUGAAAAAUUAGACAAAUGUGUAGAGAGUGGAGCCAAGGUUGUUCUUUCACGUUUGGCUAUUGGUGAUCUUGGCACACAGUAUUUCGCAGACCGAGAUAUUUUCUGUGCCGGUCGUGUAGCUGAGGAAGAUCUACAAAGGGUUGCUGCUGCAACUGGUGGAACUGUACAGACAUCUGUUAACAACAUUAUUGAUGAUGUUCUUGGGACAUGUGAGGUUUUUGAGGAAAAGCAAGUUGGUAAUGAAAGAUAUAAUAUAUUCAGUGGCUGUCCAUCAGGUAGAACAGCCACCAUAGUCCUUCGAGGCGGAGCUGAUCAGUUUAUUGAAGAAGCAGAGCGUAGCUUGCAUGAUGCAAUCAUGAUUGUAAGAAGAGCACUGAAGAAUUCUACUGUUGUUGCUGGUGGCGGAGCAAUAGAUAUGGAGAUCAGUCGAUAUUUGAGGCAACAUGCACGCACAAUAGCUGGCAAGUCUCAACUUUUUAUCAACUCAUAUGCCAAAGCUCUUGAGGUUAUUCCCAGACAACUGUGUGACAAUGCUGGGUUCGAUGCUACCGAUGUGCUCAACAAAUUGCGACAAAAGCAUGCUCAUCCUUCAGGUGAGGGUGCACCAUUUGGGGUGGACAUUAACACCGGUGGAGUUGCUGAUUCAUUUGCUAACUUUGUAUGGGAACCUGCUGUUGUGAAGAUAAAUGCUAUUAAUGCUGCUACAGAGGCAGCUUGUCUCAUACUUAGUGUAGACGAAACUGUGAAGAAUCCCAAGUCCGAGAGCGCACAGGGAGAAGCUGCUGCCAGUGCCAUGGGCGGAAGACGUGGUGGGGCUGCAUUUCGUGGCCGUGGACGUGGAAUGCGAAGACGAUAAGCAGCUUCAUUCAUCUUGCUCACGAGAAGCAAUGUUUGGUUAGUUCAAUUUUUACAUUUUUGCCUGUUUGUGCAAUUGUACUACAAAUCAGAUUUUAAUCUUAUGAGGGCCAAUAGACAAGACCUUGAGUUAUACAUCCGUUGGGAAUUUGGUCAUAUAAAACUUUUGGAUGGAGAGUGAUUUUGAUGGUGCAUCUGAUUCCCCUUUUUUCUUUACUUUUUUGUGGACCCAACAUAUUCAUUUUGUAGUUUUGAAUUAUUUGUAGAGAAACAAUUUUUCUUCAAUUUUUUUUCCUGGAAUUAUAGUUUA